UGCACCUGCACGCAACAGAGACGUACUCAUUCAGGCGAUCGAAUCCAUGGAGCUCUUCGUCACUACACCUGACCUCCCAACCCCGCUGCUGCUCUCCACCUUAACGAUAGUGUCCGUGGUCGUAUGCUAUGUCCUCUUCUGGAAGCAGCAGGCGGCGGCGAGGCGAGCGCCGCUGCCGCCCGGGCCGAGGGGCUGGCCCGUGCUGGGCAACCUACCGCAGCUGGGCGGGAAGACUCACCAGACGCUGCACGAGAUGACCAAGGUGUACGGCCCACUGCUGCGGCUGCGGUUCGGCAGCUCCACCGUGGUGGUGGCCGGGUCGGCGGCCGUGGCGCAGCAGUUCCUCCGCGCCCACGACGCCAACUUCAGCAGCCGCCCGCCCAACUCCGGCGGCGAGCUCAUGGCGUACAACUACCAGGACGUGGUGUUCGCGCCCUACGGGCCCCGGUGGCGCGCGAUGCGCAAGGUGUGCGCCGUGAACCUCUUCUCCGCGCGCGCGCUCGACGACGUCCGCGGCGUCCGGGAGCGCGAGGCGGCGCUCAUGGUGAGGUCGCUCGCGGAGCAGGCCCACGGCGGCCUCGACGCGCCGCCGGCGGCGGUGCCGGUUGGCAAGGCCAUCAACGUGUGCACGACGAACGCGCUCUCGCGGGCGGCCGUUGGGCGGCGGGUGUUCGCUGCCGCCGGCGGCGACGGGGGCGCGAGGGAGUUCAAGGAGAUCGUGCUCGAGGUGAUGCAGGUGGGCGGGGUGCUCAACGUCGGCGACUUCGUGCCGGCGCUCCGGUGGCUCGACCCGCAGGGCGUGGCGGCCAAGAUGAAGAAGCUGCACCGCCGGUUCGACGACAUGAUGGACGAGAUCAUUGCAGGUUAUAGGGAGGCCAGGAGGGUUGCGGCAGACGGAGAGGAGAGCAAGGAUUUGCUUGGCUUGCUGCUGUCGAUGGUUGACGAGCGGCCGUUCGACAGCGGGGAAGAAGUCAGGAUCACCGAAACCGAUGUCAAGGCACUCAUUUUGAACCUGUUCGUGGCAGGGACCGACACGACGUCGACCAUAGUGGAGUGGUCUCUCGCAGAGCUGAUCCGCCACCCGGAAAUCCUGAGGCAAGCGCAGGAGGAGAUGGACGCGGUGGCCGGGCGCGGGAGGCUGGUCACGGAGUCGGACCUCCGAAGCCUCACCUUCUUCAACGCGGUCAUCAAGGAGACGUUCCGCCUGCACCCGUCGACGCCGCUCUCCCUACCGCGCAUGGCCGCCGAGGAGUGCGAGGUCGCGGGCUACCGCGUCCCCAGGGGCUCGGAGCUGCUGGUCAACGUGUGGGGCAUCGCCCGCGACCCGGCGCUGUGGCCUGACCCGCUGGAGUUCCGGCCGGCCAGGUUCCUGCCGGGCGGGUCGCAUGCGGACGUGGACGUCAAAGGCGCCGACUUCGGGCUCAUCCCGUUCGGCGCCGGCCGGAGGAUCUGCGCCGGCCUCAGCUGGGGGCUGCGGAUGGUCACGCUCACCAGCGCCACCCUGGUGCACGCGUUCGACUGGGAGUUGCCGGCAGGGCAGACGCCGGACAAGCUGAACAUGGAGGAGGCCUUCACCCUCCUGCUGCAGCGGGCUGUUCCGUUAGUGGCUCGUCCAGUACCCAGGCUGCUGCCGUCGGCGUAUGAGAUCGCAUAGGAAGGCUCGCUCAAGGGCCUCAGCUUGGCUGUAUCAAGCACGUACAAUGGCGUGAAAGACGACGUGUGUAUGUAUUGUUGUUCACUUUGUUGACUUUUGUAAACACUAGUAAAUGUUCUUGCUAUGGCUAAUAUCUGUAACGAAUUUUUAUAUUUUGACAUGAUUACGCUUCUGGCUUGUAACCAUGCACCUUUCAUGUGGAUCAAUAUAAACUCACAAUCCACAUGCA